AUGGUGGUGGCCGGCGGCUACAAGCUGAAGAUCAGGGCCGUCGAUUCCGCGGGCAGGGCCAUGACGUGCUUGCGGGUGCACGUGGAUGUCCCCCGAGGCAAGAGUGGCGAGUUGUUUCGCAGGGUCCAAGCGCUGCCCGUGGCACAUGCAGGACGGGCUCUGAUGUCUGGAGCCGAAAGUUGCAACUGUCCCUACUCAGACCCCGUAUGUGGUGAAGACGGCCAGACGUACGACAGCACUUGUCAAGCCAGCUGUGCCAAUAUUGGAACAGCUUACUUGGGCGAGUGUGACUACCAGGUAGUUCGUGAUGGGCGAGCCCUCAGUUCGUGGUGGACAACGACCGAACAGGAGCCAGACGUGUGCGAAGAUGACGAUGCCACCCUGGUUUUUAUCGCCCAGCAGCUCAAUAUUUCCGGGGUCACUGGUUGCGGGGAUGCUGCUGGCAUGUGUUUCGUCAGCGAAGAUGUUCAAGGC